AAACGUUAUGGCGUCGUAAACAAAAAAACGGCUUAAGUUAACGCCUGCGCUAGCUCCGAGAGCUAACGCAAAGAAACUGCGUUAUUUAGCGAUUAAAACAGAAUACGAGCUCGUCUUUUGAGCUGUUUUAAAUCUGAACCGAUAGGAACAUUCAUUUUAAUGGGCUGUAAAAGACUCCAUUACCCGUGAGCCUUUGGGGGGUUAUUUAUGUCACGGGUUUAACCUUCCCUCAUUGCGCCGCUGUGAUUCUGUUCAUUGGAGAAGUGCUGACUAUUGCUGGGCUGCGUUCAGCUGGUGGCCCGUUCCUGUCGGUACUCGGAGUUACAGCUAAAGUUCUGAUGGGACCCGAACUCAACACCAGCUGAAACCGGACUGUUAGCUUCACCGUCAACAUGCAGAUGACCUUUGAGGCCUCGAGCAGUGUGACCCUGCUGUUCGACGUCUGGAACGUUCACAGCCCUGCAGGCAUGGUGCUGUCGGUGUUUGUCGUCCUGCUGCUGACCGUCGUCUUUGAAAUCCUCAAAGUGUGGCGGGUUUGGCUGAGCAGCAGCUCCCGGCUGGCCCACCGUCCGUCGGCGUACGCCGCCGCAUCGUCCGGCCGCACGGAGAGCUGCUCCGCGCUGGACGCCAGCCCCUCCGAGUCCUCGCUCUCCCCCUCAGACCUUCAGCCGCCGAGCGCCAGGAACAGCUGGCUGCUGCACGUCAUCCAGACGUUCCUCCACGUCCUGCAGGUGGCGCUGGGCUACCUGCUGAUGCUCUGCGUCAUGUCCUACAACGUCUGGAUCUUCCUGGGCGUCGUCCUCGGCUCCGCCCUCGGCUAUUACGUCGCCUUCCCUCUGCUGGGCCAGAUGUCUCUGUACGGCCGGGUCCGGCACUGAACAGGCCAACAUGACAAUGAGAAGUCACUUUCUUUGGACUCCACUGCAUCUGGACAGAGAGCUGCGUCACCAUGACUUAUACAAAACUCACCUGUACCUGGAAACCAGGAAGUGCUUAUCAGGCCAGAGUGGACUGAGCACAAAUCAUGUGGUUUGUCUGCCUGCAGGGCUGAUGGGCUGUUAUGUUGAAACAUAUCAUGUCAGGAGGUGUGUGUGUGUGUGUGUGUUUGUGUGUGUGUGUGUGUGUGUGUGUGUGUGUGUGUGUGUG